AUGGUGACUCCCUACCACACAGCGGCGCGAGAAAAGCGCGCUGCUGAACGUGAUUCAGAUGAGAGAAACGCCAGCGCUGGAAACGUCCUUCCCAUCGCAACAGAAGUUCAGGCCCAUCACCACCAUCACCACCACCCACCGGCCCCAAAAUCAUGGUUCCCGAUCCGCGAAGAAGGCGAGAGUGGCCGGUCCGGCAUCCACCCGUGGCACUUCUUGCGCAUCGUGUUCCGCUCGUCCUCGCUGGCAUCUCGCCUCGUUAACGUGCUAUGGCCCGUGGUACCCGCCGCCAUUGCCGUACGGUAUGCCGCUCCUCACCAGGACCUGGCAAUUUUCAUUCUAGCAUACAUCGCCAUGGUACCUUGUGCGAACUUGGUCGGAUUUGCGGGACAGAAUUUGGCGAAGAAGGUUCCGCACGUGCUUGGUGUGUUGGCAGAGACAACUUUUGGUUCACUCGUCGAGAUUAUCAUGUUUAUAGUCCUGGUAAAACAGUACGACCCUGAAUCUUCGGUGGAUAAUACCCAGGUCAUCAGAGCUGCGAUCCUAGGUUCCAUCCUUGCUACGAUGCUGCUCUGUCUAGGCUUCUGCUUCAUUGCCGCUGGUUUCAAGCGCGAGGAGACGCACUUCAGCGAGAUCGUUAGUGAAGCCGGUAGCGGGUUGUUGUUGACUGCUGGAUUCGGACUAGCCGUUCCUACAGCCUUCUUCAACGCCCUUUAUGGCCGCUACGACACGGAAGAACUCAGGCGCAAAACCCUCGAAAUUUCGCGUAGCACCGCCGUCUUGCUCAUCAUCGCCUAUCUCGUGUACGUCUUCUUCCAGAUGCGCACCCACCACGGUAUCUACGACGCGAUCUUUGAGGCCGACGCCGAGCGUGAUGACGACAAGCAUAAGGAGCUUCGUAGUCAUCGCCUCACUAUGAUCGAGUCUAUUAUCGCAUUGGCUGUGGGCAUCGCCCUUGUCACGAUCAUUGCCAUCACCCUCGUUGAAAAGAUUCACUUCGUGGUGGAGGAGCGCGGCAUCUCCGAUGCCUUCGUUGGUUUGAUCAUGAUCCCGCUUGUCGAAAAAGCGGCAGAGCACUUGACGGCAGUAGACGAAGCAUACGACAACCAGAUGAACAUCGCCCUAUCAGCAGUACUGGGUUCGACGUUGCAGACCGCUCUGCUCAACGGCCCCCUUGUGGUUAUCGUCGGCUGGGGACUUGACAAGCCCAUGGGCUUCAACUUUGAGAGUUUCGACCUGAUUAUGCUGAUCCUCGCCAUUUUGACUGUUGGAAACUUCCUGAGGGACCAGAAGAGUAAUUAUCUGGAGGGUGUGUUGUGCGUCAUCGUUUAUGUCGCCAUUGGUGUAGCGGCAGCCCACUACCCGAACCCACACGCUCUCCAUGAGGCGUUUCCGACCACGACUCCUGCCACAUCGACUGGAUCGGAGGGCGCUCACCAUUAA